AUAAAACUCGUAUAUGUGCAAAACGAAAAAAAAUUUUCAUUCAAGUUUUUAUCAAAAUAGAGAUAUUAAAAUAUAAUGAACAUUUAGCAACUUUAUUUAAUAUUUUAAAUAACACAAUAAAGUUUAUUAAUUCAAAUGGAAAAGUAAAAAUAUCAAAAGGAUUUAUAUAAAUUUUUAGAAAUAACAAAGACAAAGUGUAAUAAAAACCAAAAUUGUUUUUGCUUAGGACUUGCAAAAAAAAAAAAGACCACAAACUAAUCUACUAUCAAAUUAUUGGCUUUAUUUUUUGCCAUGGAUCACAGGAAUAUGAAUAUACCACGUCUUCCAGGACCUGCUAUUAAUCCACUAGUAGAAAAUUCCGAUGAACCACAACCCAGUCUAUCGGAUUUACAUGAUUUUGAACCCAAACUCGAAUUCGAUGAUACAGAAUUGUUAGCCACACCCAUUGCACCACAAAAUGAUGUUAUGGAUGAUGACUUUGUGGUAACUGAAGAUUGCCAUGAAGAACCUGAGGAUAUAGUUAAUCCUUUGGAAGAUGAUUUCGAAGAUCAAUUAAGAGAAGAAACUGAAAAUUUCAGCAUUUCUCCUAAACGUACAAAUUGUGAUUUUUUGGGCACCGAUAAACAAGGACGUCAUAUAUUUGCUAUAUACGCCUCUAGAUUUCCAGAGAAAUCACAAAUGGAAAUAUUUAUAAGAGAUGUUAUUAAAGAAAUCGAACCUUUUGUUGAAAACGAUUAUAUAUUAGUGUAUUUCCAUCAAGGCCUAAAGGAGGACAAUAAACCAUCUGCACAAUUUCUAUGGAAUUCAUAUAAAGAACUUGAUCGAAAUUUUCGUAAAAAUCUAAAAAAUCUCUAUGUGGUUCAUCCCACCUGGUUUAUACGUGUCAUAUGGAACUUCUUUAGUCCCUUCAUCAGUGAAAAGUUUCGCAAAAAGUUGGUCUACAUAUCCAGUUUAGAUGAACUACGUCAAGCUUUGGGCCUAUCAAAGCUUAAGCUACCUGAUAAUAUAUGUGAUCUAGAUGAUCGUCUAAAUCAUAAUCGCAAAUACGCUGCCAGCAGUAAUAACAAUAUCAGUACUUCACACAUGGCAAAAACAACACAAUUUGGGGUAACCCUUAAAUUUAUAGUUACUAAUAGUCCAUGUUUAAAUUCCAUUCCACCGAUUGUACGCAAAUGUGUUGACUCGCUCUCCAUUACCGGUAUGAUCGAUACAGAGGGUAUAUUCCGUCGUUCUGGCAAUCAUAGUGAAAUUAUAGCCCUCAAAGAUCGUGUUAAUCGCGGUGAAGAUGUUGAUCUUAAAGAUGUUAAUGUACAUGUUAUAGCUGGUCUAUUAAAAAGUUUUCUUAGAGAUCUUUCGGAACCGUUAUUAACAUUUGAAUUAUAUGAUGAGAUAACUAGUUUUUUGGAAUGGCCCAAAGAGGAUAGAUCCCGCAAUGUAACUAUGUUAAUACGCGAAAGAUUACCUGAAGAAAACUAUGAAUUAUUUAAAUAUAUUGUAGAAUUUUUAGUAAGAGUUAUGGAAUGUGAAGAUCUUAAUAAAAUGACUUCAUCCAAUUUGGCCAUAGUGUUUGGACCAAACUUUUUAUGGUCUGGUAAAAAUACAACCUCACUCGAUGAAAUUGCACCGAUUAAUGCGUUUGUAGAUUUUGUUUUACAAAAUCACCGAGACAUUUAUCUGGUCGAUAUCAAUCAACGUCCAACGCCUAUUGGCUAAAUAAUAACAACUACCAGAUUAAUUAACCAGCAUAAUCACGGCAAUACUGAUUGUUUAAACAAUUUCCACACUUAAUCAUAAUAAAUUUUAAUUAAAACUUAAACUAAAAGUCUACAAGAAGAGAUAAUAUUCUAAAAUUUUAUGUAAACAAUUUUUAGUGUAUUUAGUUGUUUAAAAAAAAUUAACAUAGGUCAUCACAUUAUUUUACUUAUUCUACAUUUUUAUUUCGUUAUUACCUAAGGUGUUUUGUGUAACCAUUUAAAAAUAUUUUAGUUUUAUAAGUCUAAUGUUUUUUUUUGUAUAUUUUCAUAUUAUUAUUUAACUAUGUAAUCAAUUGUACUAAUUUUUAUAUAAAAACCCAACAAUUUAAUUGAACUAAAAAACCAUAUUUUUUGUUGUAUAUUUGAUAAUUAAAAUUUUAAAAAAUAUUUAUUUACCAAAGAAUUACCAACAAAAUGAAAAAAGUAAAGAAUUUAAACAACAAAAUGAUUUUAAACUGUCAUUGUAAACUAAAUAUUUAAAAUAAAAAAUCUUCAUAAUUUCAUAACUAAAUCUAAUGUCACAAUUUAAAACAAAAACUAAACAAACUAUUAUAACUCCUUACAUAACUGGUGUGAAAAAGUGUUACACAAAUAUGUCCACCUAUAUCAUAAAAAUAAAUGAUUUUAAUGUUCCAAAUUAAGUAAACAGAAUAUGUACGUACAUCUUUUUUUAGCUUUUAAGACUUUAAAAUUUUAUUUUAUUUGGCAAAUAUCAAAAUUAAGAAAACUUUAAAUCAUAACAAAUGAAACAUUUUGCACUAAACUAUACACACACACACACAAAUUUAUUUCGAAACAUUUUUAUAAUUCAAGAAAGAAAAAUAAAAAUAGAAGUUAACAACGCACACCAAAAACAAAAAA